AUGGAAUACAUGCCUAAUGGGAGUCUUGAUAAGUGGUUGUACUCGCACAACUAUUUCUUGGACACAUUGAAGAGACUUGAUAUAAUGAUCGAUCGUGGCUUGUGCUUUGGAAUAUCUGCAUUACGGGUUUAUAAGUCCGUUGGCACACUUUUGGAUGAUAGUAUUGCUCAAACCAGGACAUUGGCUACAUUUGGAUAUAUUUCCCCAGAAUAUGGGAGGGAAGGUUUGGUUUCCAUAAAAUGUGAUGUGUACAGCUAUGGAAUUAUGCUUAUGGAAACAUUUACAAGAACAAGGCCAACAGAUGAGAGGUUUGAUGAGGAGGAAGGGUUAAGUUUGAAGAAAUGGGUGAAGGAUUCUUCAGUAGAGGAGAUAAUAGUUGCCAAUUUGGUGAGGAUGGAGGGAAAGAACAUAAAUGGUAAUCUCGAAUGUGUAUCAGCCAUUAUUGAUUUGGCUCUGGCUUGCUCUGCUGAAUCUCCGGGAGAGAGGGUCGACAUCAAACUGGUCCUAACGACUCUGAGGAAGAUCAGAAUAAUGUUUAUUGGGUAA